AUGGCCAAUUCUAAGGUCAUUGGGGCCAUGUUGGUGGCUCUACUUCUUGUGGAGAUAUGUGUUGCAAUUAGGGUACCGAGAGGGGUUAGAGUAAGUGGUGGAGGAGGCGGUGGUGGUGGAGGAGGUAGAGGAGGAGGAGAUGGUGGUGGCAAUGAGGGAUUCGGGUAUGGGUCUGGAUCAGGGUCUGGCUAUGGUGAGGGAUAUGGGAGUGCAGGUGGUGGAGGCGGUGGUAGAGGUGGAGGCGGUGGUGGAGGGGGAGGAGGAGGUAGAGGGGGUUCGGGGUCUGGAUAUGGGUCUGGGUCUGGAUAUGGAUCCGGAUAUGGGUCUGGUGGAGGUCUAGGUGGUGGUGGUGGUGGAGGCGGAGGUAGAGGAGGUGGUGGUGGAGGGGGAGGUGGUCAUGGUGGCUCUGGCUAUGGCUCAGGGUAUGGUAGUGGUUCUGGUUAUGGAAGUGGUAGUGGCGGUUAA